AUGUCACCUCGAUUGGUAAUGAAACGUUUGCAAUCAAACUGCCCAGCUCAGCGAACAAGCCAACGACCACCAACGGAGUGUCACUCAGUCCCAGUUGAACUCAAGGCUUCAGAACCUUCAGCUAAUUUUGGAGCAAAGAUACUUACUCCAGCCACGCUUAUCAACGACUCGUGGCAUCUCAUAGACAAGGAACGCAAACAACGUCAUCGGGUACCAGAAUCUCACCCAGCCGUUAUCAGGAUUGUGACCACCGAACCAAAAUGUUGCACGAAUUCUAUCCGCUGUUUUUCCGUCCCAUUGGCGGGUGGUGCCGUGGAUAAUGAUGCUCUUGAUGGUUGGAGACUGAACUUUACUUGGCUCCGAACUCCCGAAUCUUAUGAAACGGGAGAAGAAGGGUGGAGUAGUGUGGGUGCACCGAUAGGAAGUCUAUCUGGCGUGUACGAUAUGGUCCGCGUCACGCUGCUCUACACGCCUCAGUUCGAAAGCCGCGUCAUGUUUCAGUCGCUUCGAUGUUUGAAAUAUCGCGAUACAUGUAUAUUUGUAAUGAAUCCAACUGCUCUUUGCAAAUGCGCAGAUAAAAAAGUCCUUGCAGUCAGCAGCGAUGCCGUGGAACGCUUUCAAGCCCGCGUCGGAGACUUUUUUGAAUGUGCUUCCAGUACAGACAUUGUGUUAACAGGGGAGAAUGUGACGAAACUGGACAGUUUUGGUGGAAAUGACCCCUGGAACUUCUCCCCUGAGUUGCAACACUGGGCACCCGGCUUGAAAGUCAUUUUAUCCAUGACUGAUGUGCGCGCGCAGGCUUUCUCCGAUGUGAAUGUUCCUGAGUUUACAGGAGCAGGCGUUGUCUGCGUCGAAGAUCACUCACAAGAUGGGACAAUGUCCAUUGUUAUUGGCUUGUCAAUCUGUGCUCUGGUAAUCCUUGUUUUGUUGGGGCUGGCAAUGAGUCAUCUGAAGGACCGCGAGCGCUCAUUUGGGGUGUUAGAAAAUCCUGAAAAAACGUCCUUCACUCGUGAAGACCGUUCAGCUACUGUUCUUUGA